AUGGCUCAGGUUGAGCACACAAACCUUCGAGAGACAUCGGCCUGGCAUCCAGAAAAGCGUCCACGCGAGCUGGAAGACAGCGAGACGUAUCAGCCCCACCCUCUCCUCUGUCUAGAGACGUACUAUACUUCUGCGGUAGCGAAAGGCGGUGGUGCUGAUGAUGACUUCGAGGAGGGUGUUGAUGCUAGGGACAACCAAAGUCUAACCAAAACAUCACCAGGCGAAGCACUACCAAAUACUGAAUGGGAUUUGCGAUGUAUGCGGCCUGAUCAUGGAAGAAACACCAUGCUGCCCCAGCCCGCCCUCACUAUACAAGUACACAGUUUACUCGUCAGGAUAUGGUAUUCGCGAAGGUUUGGACUAUCUGAAACUCGACAACACGGUAUCGACAACACGGUAUCGACAACACGGUAUCGACAACACGGUAUCGACAACACGGUAUCGACAACAAAGGAUGUUCAAAGCCACUUACGAAUGUUUGGAAUCGACGGACUUGGCGCCAAAUAUGGCUGGCUCCGUGAGAGACAUGAGCUGUCUGUGACGGUGACAAAGGUUGUUAAGGAGCGCCUUGAAAAGCCCACUGCAGAGGUUAAUGGCCUUGAUAGCAGUAAGAUUUUCCUAUCAGCCCUCAACAAUGACCUCUCGAUCAGGAAUGCCGCUCUUAGUGAGAAGAGCAAGCAACUCCAAUACGGCUGUCUAGGAACACCAUACUAUGAAACGAAUCACGGUCUGGAGACGGCAGGCACAUGCGAUCAGCUUGAGGACGAAAAGCGAGGCUUUGAACAGAUGGCUAACGACAACUCUGCCACUGCCAAGUCUCUCCUCUCGGUCUUGCUACAAUCAGACCCUACACCAAAUGCACUCAACGUAACGCUGGCGGAAAACCAUGAUGAGCAAAGCCCAGCGGAACUCCUCGGUCUCUAA